AUUCGAUACCUCUGCCUCACUACUCGCGGGUGCACCUUCCCCCCAUCAAUUCAUCUCUUGCGAAGAAGUUGGCUCGGAUGGGAGACAAGAAUGCAUCCAGUGGCCAGAGCAGCGACCCUCAUUUGGACCCCUCUCUCAUGUCUCCGGGGGAACGAUCGUACUCACGAUCCAGCGAGAAGCCUGUUGGACUCCCAAUAUCAUCAGCACGGGAUGAUGAUGCUGGGAAGGACCCAAAGAACGAGUCAAAUGGAGAUGAGAGGAGUGAUGACGCUAAAAGCGAGCAUUCUGGUGAUCGUUCGCGGUCUCACAGUCUUGAGGACUUUAUUAGUAUUAAGCUAUGGAAAAGCUGUUACCCUUGGAAGGAUGGCCUGUCGUAACCAGGGUUCUCGCUCUCGUGUAUCUUCAUACUGUUUUCUCCUUAAUCCAACCACUGGCCUCACACAAUUCAAAUGCAAUGCACUUAUGCAGCCAACCAUUUCAACACUGCCUGUUGCGCACGUCCGAGAGGAUGAUGGUUGGGUAUGGGUCUGGCACGCUAAUGAAGAUCGGGUGGAUCUGUUAAGCAUUCAUCGGGGACCUCUGUCUGCCAGACUGCAGGUGAACUAUAGACGUAGCUGCUUGUCUGUGUUUGCAGAAUGCAGGAAACAUUCGACCCUGAGACCACAUUGGCACCGCAAUACAAUGCCUCUCCACAUAAUUCAAAGAGCUUCAAUAAUUUCAUGGAAGCGAACUUGGGAAGAUUGUGCUCUCCUCGAACUGAAGACAUUACAUCGUGCGUCAAUUGAACACUCACUGCCACCUAUUGAGGGACAACACAACAGUCAUAGAGUAGAAAUAGUGGGCAAUUGGGGAGGCCGCUUACCCAUAGCGCUCGUGACAACUCACAAAUCGCCUCCUUUUCAGGGUCGCGGUCGAGGCUCAAGGACGCUGACUCCCCGAUGCUUGUGACACUUCACUCGUUAUGUCGGACACCAUUCUACGCAGUCGAGUAUAGCGUUCACAAACUCCUCGCUAUCCCUUUAUUUAUAUUUUGUGGGGGGGCGUCAAGCACAAGGUGAUGGGGUCACCACCGACUGUUUUGCAUGGUCAAAACUAGAUCAGGUUUAGUCACCGCCUCCCCACUGUUGGGGCGCUGCACGCACGGCUCAGAGGGUUAGAAGAACAAAACCAUCCAUGAUAACCAAGGACAGGAGAAUUUAUGCCUAGUUGGUGUCGCGUAUCAAAAUUGUGUUACAUUUGGAAUCAUGUUGUUGGCCAUGCACAUAUGGCUUGUUGCAUAAC